CGGCGGCGUCAAGAUGGCGGCUGCGGCUGUGGCGGCGGCGGCAGCGGCGGCCGCGGCUGCGUCUCUGCAGGUGCUGGAGAUGGAGAGCAUGGAGACAGCCGCCGCCGGCUCCGCGGGGCUGGCCGCCGAAGUCAGAGGUAGCGGCACGGUGGACUUCGGGCCUGGGCCUGGUUUGUCUGCAAUGGAGGCGAGCGGGGGCGACCCGGGCCCGGAGGCCGAGGAUUUCGAGUGCAGCUCUCACUGCUCGGAGCUGUCGUGGAGGCAGAACGAACAGCGGCGCCAGGGCCUCUUCUGCGACAUCACCUUGUGCUUCGGCGGUGCGGGAGGCCGAGAGUUCCGGGCCCACCGCUCGGUGCUGGCUGCCGCCACCGAGUACUUCACGCCGCUGCUCUCGGGUCAGUUCUCCGAGUCCCGCUCGGGCCGGGUGGAGAUGCGCAAGUGGAGCUCCGAGCCCGGGCCCGAACCCGACACGGUGGAAGCCGUUAUCGAAUACAUGUACACCGGGCGCAUCCGCGUCAGCACGGGCAGUGUGCACGAGGUGCUGGAGUUGGCCGACAGGUUCCUAUUAAUUCGUUUAAAAGAGUUUUGUGGAGAAUUUCUCAAGAAAAAGCUUCAUCUCUCUAAUUGUGUGGCCAUCCAUAGCUUAGCUCACAUGUAUACCCUAAGCCAGCUUGCUCUGAAAGCGGCGGAUAUGAUACGGAGAAACUUCCACAAAGUAAUUCAGGAUGAGGAAUUUUAUACUUUACCUUUCCACCUCAUCCGAGACUGGCUGUCAGACUUGGAGAUCACAGUUGAUUCCGAAGAGGUUCUAUUUGAAACAGUUUUGAAGUGGGUUCAGAGAAAUGCUGAAGAGAGAGAACGAUACUUUGAAGAACUUUUUAAAUUGCUCAGAUUGUCCCAGAUGAAACCUACUUACCUUACUCGUCAUGUCAAACCAGAGAGGCUGGUGGCCAAUAAUGAAGUUUGCGUCAAGUUGGUGGCCGAUGCAGUGGAGAGGCAUGCUCUGAGAGCUGAGAACAUACAGUCUGGUACAUUCCAGCAUGCUGCUUCUCAUGUCUCAUUAUUACCUCGCUUUGGGCAAAAUAUGGACGUGAUCAUGGUUAUUGGAGGCGUGUCAGAGGGAGGGGACUAUUUAAGUGAAUGUGUGGGAUAUUUUGUCGAUGAGGACAGAUGGGUCAACCUACCCCAUAUCCAUAAUCACCUUGAUGGACAUGCCGUUGCAGUAACAGAAUCCUACGUGUAUGUUGCUGGGUCAAUGGAACCAGGGUUCGCUAAAACUGUGGAAAGGUAUAAUCCAAAUUUGAACACCUGGGAACACGUUUGUAGUCUGAUGACAAGGAAGCAUUCUUUUGGGCUAACAGAAGUCAAGGGGAAGCUCUACAGCAUUGGAGGACAUGGCAACUUCAGUCCCGGUUUUAAAGAUGUGACUGUUUAUAAUCCCGAGCUAGAUAAAUGGCACAACUUGGAAUCCGCGCCAAAGAUUCUUCGGGAUGUGAAAGCGCUCGCCAUUGAAGACCGGUUUGUGUACAUUGCUGCCCGCACUCCUGUGGACCGGGACACUGAAGAUGGAUUAAAGGCUGUCAUUACUUGCUAUGACACAGAGACUCGACAGUGGCAAGAUGUGGAAUCUUUGCCGCUUAUUGACAAUUACUGCUUUUUCCAAAUGUCUGUGGUCAACUCAAACUUUUACCAGACAGCCUCAUGCUGCCCCAAGAGUUACUCUUUAGAAAAUGAAGAGGCGAUACGAAAAAUUGCCAGCCAGGUUUCUGAUGAGAUCCUUGAAAGUUUACCCCCGGAAGUCCUAAGCAUUGAAGGAGCGGCCAUUUGCUAUUACAAAGAUGACGUUUUCAUUAUUGGAGGCUGGAAAAACAGUGAUGAUAUUGACAAACAGUAUCGAAAAGAAGCCUACCGAUACUGUGCUGAGAGAAAGCGGUGGAUGCUUCUUCCUCCCAUGCCACAACCCCGUUGUCGAGCCACUGCCUGCCACGUGAGAAUCCCAUACCGGUACUUGCAUGGCACUCAGAGAUAUCCUAUGCCUCAAAACUUAAUGUGGCAGAAGGACCGGAUCAGACAGAUGCAAGAAAUACAUCGACAUGCCCUAAACAUGCGGCGAGUGCCAAGCUCUCAGAUAGAAUGUUAGGUUCUUUGAUGUGUGCAGCUUAAAACAGACUUUUUCAUGAGGCUGAAGAUACCCAGACUGUUACUUGAAAAAGUAGGUCAAUAACUUAUUUUCUACAUGGAUGGAUUAUCACCUCAUAUAAAGGAAAUAUAGUUAAAAACUGAAGAAUGGGAAAAUCAGUUCAGUACGUGGUAAAAGUUUGCAGUCUUUAUCUGUCAUUGGUUUGUGUGUAUGUUGGCAAAAUAAGAUCUUAUUAAAGAUAAAUGGAAAAACCAGGUGUAGUUACUUGGUUGUUUUUCUGCCAACAGUUUAUAACUUCUUUGUCUUAGGGACUUAUGUUUUGAACAUGCUUUAAGCACCGAUUUUAUUUGCACAUUUAUUUUGAUAAUCUUUUUCAUUUUUUUCCCUGAAUGGUUGGUUUUGACAAGAUCAGAAUACAUGCAUUGAGCCCUCAUCUAUAGGAGGAAUGUGCAAUAGUGAGGUUGAAGUCUGAAGGAAAAAGCACAAUGAUUAAAAAAAAAAAAAAAAAGCACAAUGUUUCAGCAAGAUGAUUUCACGAUGUUUGCAUUGCUAUUUUGUUAUCUUUGUUUAUUUUGAAAUACUGUCUUGUUUAUUUCUAGAAGACAUGACUGAUGAGAAAUUUGUGAUUGGCAUUUAUGGAGUAUUUUUCAUUUCUUUAGCAUCUCUGUUGUAAACUUCAGGCCAUCACUCUGAGAUAAUGGUGGUUAGCAAGAGUACUGAUCUUUAGCUGAUGAAUUGAUUACAGAGGAAGUUAUAUCUUUUAAAUUUGUUUCUCUAAGCAGAAAAAUAUUACUAGUCUAGAAUAAGAAAUCAAAGGCAUUGAAAAAUUUUAAAACACUUUUUUCAGGAGUUAUUUGAAGAUAAGUUACUGAGUGUAAAUAAUGCCUCUGACAAUCGACACUCAUUGCCUUUAGUUUUAAAUUUUGCUCUAAUGCAUAUUAUAUGGAAUCCUCAUCAUUCCUUUCUAAAAGAAACUUUUCAAAAUAGGAAGGAAGGAAGUAACAGUUUAGGGAAAUGUUGCUAAAGAGAUGCCUUAUUAUUUCUCAACCUGGAUUAUUACAAUGUUUUAUCCAUUUGCCCUAGACCUUCAUUGGAACUUUGCCUAAGCCUAGACUACAACAUUUGACUCUUAAAAAUUGAUCACUGUGGUUAUCUUUUAUUUUAUUCUAAUGCAUUCUUCUGAUCUUACCUGUGCCCAGGCAGUAUGCAAAUUAUCACAUAGGUUGACCUUUAGCACUCAGUUAAUGUAAGAAACUCCUGCUCUAGUGGUUUGAAGUGUGGGGUCCAGUAUACUUUUCUUGUUUCUUUCAGAAUGUUUCUACCUUCUUGGACAUUGUGGAAUACUAUUCUAGAAGGUAAAUUCCAAGUGCAGUGAUUUUUUUCCCCCCAGUUCAUUAUGGUUCUUACCAGUUGGAUCAAACAUCAAAAGCAGCAGCACAACCAGGAAUUUUGGCUCUCAGUGUGCUGCAGGACUAUUAAUGCUUAGCCCUUGGACUCUAUUACUAAGAAAUUACCUGAAAUUUCUAAAUUGGUAUCCUUGCCUAAGAAUGUUUUUGAAAAAUGUGUUGGAAAUCUACUUUAAAUGCAUUUAAUUUAGCCCAGAGUAGGGAUGGGAAACUGCAAGUCUAUUUCUAUAUGAGAAUAUAUUAUCCUACCCCAUCUCUACCAUUUCCUUAAUUUCCACUUAUUUGUAGCUAUUUCAAUAAAAGUUAUUAGAUUCUGAGAAUUGCUGAUUAGUUGUGAGAGGUCUAUGCAAGACAGAAAAGCUCAUUGAAUGGCGUUCUCAUUUCUCUCUGAUAGACUAUACUAGCAAACUUCCUUUUCUGAGUGAUGGUGUUGAAAUAAUUUAGUAGCUCAUUAAGGUACCAGUUUCUUUCCAGGAGGGUGUGAUGUCAGGUUUUUUAAUUGCUUUUUUUUUUUUUUCGGUCUUCUGAGAUAGUCUUUACCAAGUUACUUGUAGGGUUGUCUUUUUUUCACAUGAUGUAGCAGAAGCCAUAACUCAUAAGAUUUAGGUAUAAUCUGGUUUUGAAAACGUGAUUGAAACUAUUGUUUUUUAACUCGGCAGGCAGCCUAGGCCAUGGCUGGAAAGAGAGGGUAAGUCCUUCCUUGCAUGAUCAUGUGUGCAGGGUUCCUGACCACUGAAUUCCUAAUUUUCAUAUUUGAAUUCACAUGUGUGAUUUCACAUCGAUAACUUGUGUUUCUAAAAUAUCCUAACUAACUUGUUAAUAAGGAAAGAAACCAGAUUUGCUUAAAUCUGUUCAAGGCUGACAUUCUGACAUUUUAAACUAGAAAUAACAUCCCUCAGCAUUUGGAAAGGUUCUGAUUAUGAUGACCAGCCUGAAAUGGCUCUUUGGGAAAGAAAUUUCCUUUUUAAUGAAAACUAAAGAUUGCAUUUGACAAUUUAAGAAGUUAAAAAUACAGCUUUAAAAAGGCAGCUUAACAUGUAUUUAAGCAAACCUUUUUUGUUGUUGCUUUUGUUUUGUAGAGGGAAAAGAGGGGAAUUGAUUAUAUCAAAAAGUAAGAACUGUAUAUAACUUAAAGUGAGGCUGCUUAGAUCUUGGAAUGGAUAUCCUUUGAGUAUACCUACCCCACCACAGUUUAAAAAAAAAAAAAAAGCCGGUGUACAUAUUGAGAAUGUCAGUCAUGAGCUUAGUGUUUAAGUAAUGCCUCUCACUUGCAGUUGUUUGCAUGAUUAGUCUUGUGUAUCUUGAUAUACAACUUUGCUUUUGCUGUGCCAAUUUAAAACAAUUUUGCUUUAAAAAAACAAAGAAAACCUAAAAAUGUAUGGACAUCAGUUUUGUCUUGAUUACUGGGUUUUGUAUAGUAUUUCUGGGACCAAAAAAUAAAUUGAAAUCUUUUUUUAUGUAAAACAGAGGUUUGAAGCUGGAAAGAUAAUGUUUAUGGCAGAUUUGUGUGCUUUUGUGUAUUAAACUCUUCAGGCUGCCGGUAAGGCAGUUUCUAGAGCACACUUACUUUUUUUUCCUUUUAUGUUUCUUGACUAGUGUAGCAUGUGGUAUGUUUAAAUACUUCAUUCUCUGCUUCAUAAUUCUAAUAUGAACACUAUACAUAGGUAGACAGGUAAGCUAAAUUGUACAUUUUAGUUACUUGGCCUAAUCAAGCAUAACCAAAGGGAUGGUUUUUGUACUUGCUUCAAACUAAGCUUAAAAAGGGUGUAUCAGCCACAUUUCAUGUCUUUUCCAAAUACGUAGAAUUGUGAAGCCAGUCCUCUGCCUACACUAGAAAAAUAGGGUGUUUAUAGGUUCUCAUUUAACCUUAGACUAUUUGGAGAAACAAUUCAGUCUCUUCCUUUUUCAAAUUAUUAAACAUUUUGGCACAGUUUAUCACUCCAGCUUGUUACUUUCUUGAGAAUAGUCCAUUUUUGUUUCUGUUAUAAUGCUUACAUUAUAACAUGUUUUGGUCAUUGGAGACAAAACAGCUUAUAGCCCAGUGAUGUAAUACAGUAACAGUAACACAAUAUAGUAGUCAUUUUGCUUCAAGGAAUUUAAUUAGAUAGACAAAUAACUGCUCUUUGUUGAUUACCUUUGUUGGGCUUUUGUCUUACUCUCUAUGGCCAUUACUGCGAAUGUCUGACCGUGAAGCACAUACAGUAGAGCACUUGCUAACUCAAUCCUCAGCCUAGUGCACUUGCACUCACUGAAAAGUAGUGCUUGCUGUGUGGUUGAAGAUCUUAUGGUCUGUGUGCAGGGGCUCAUUGAGUUACAUGUAAAAUAAAUACUUAGUUCAAGUUGAUACAGUGAGUUUUCUGGGCUAGCAAUAUCGAGCCCCUAUCUUACCGCAAGUAUAAUCUUGACUGUCUCCCUUUAAUUAAGUCAGAGAGGUAGAAUUUAGGACAGUCUGAGACAUUACCUUGUAAAAUAGCUUGUUUUAUCUUCCUAAAGCUACCUUGUUCUGUGUUAGAGCUACUAAUCGUCUUGAUGUAAGUUUUAAAUAAAUGUAUUUCUUUAGAGCUGA